UACGCCUAUGGGGUCCUUCCAGCUCUGACUUCCUUGCCGUAGGGUCAGAUCCGGGAUCGCACAGCGCUUGCUGUGUGGAGGUGGCGCAGCGAUGGUUUACAUUUCGAACGGACAAGUGUUGGAUAGCCGGAAUCGGGCUCCAUGGAGUUUGUCAUCUAUAACUGACUUCUUCUGGGGAAUAGCAGACUUUGUAGUUCUGUUUUUCCAGAGCAUUAUUCACCCAGACAUGAGAAGAAGAGGCUAUACAUCUUCCUCCUCCUCCUCCUCGUCCUCCAGAUAUGAUGAUGGAAGAGGACCUCCAGGAUUUCCUCGUCGUAGAAUGGGUCGAAUAAGCCACUUUGGAGGCCCAAAUCCCCCUCCAAUGGCUGGGGGUGGAUGAGGAAGGUAA